AUGUCAGACUACGAAGAUGCGAUAGAGAGCGAGCCUCCCACCAUCGACCCUUACGAGGUCCUCGAUCUCGAACGGUCUGCGACUGCCGACCAAGUCAAAUCCGCAUAUCGCAAAGCCGCGCUCAAGAACCAUCCAGACAAGGUCUCAGAGGACGAGAGAGAAAAGGCAAACGAGAAAUUCCAGUCGAUCGCCUUCGCCUACGCUAUCCUUUCCGACCCUGCCCGACGAAAGCGGUACGACACCACCGGCUCCACGGCCGAGUCGAUUGUAGACUCCGAAGGCUUCAACUGGAGCGACUAUUAUCGCGAGCAAUACAAAGACUCGGUAUCGGAUGAUGCGAUCGAGAAAUUUGCCCAGAAGUACAAGGGUUCGGAUGAGGAGAAGGAUGACAUCCUCAUCUCUUACGAGCAAUGCGAGGGCAACAUGGACCAGCUGUACGAGCAAGUGAUUCUGAGCGAUGUGCUGGAAGAUGAUGAGCGAUUCCGCAAAAUCAUUGAUGAGGCCAUUAAAAGCAAUGAUGUCCCGCGAUUCCCGGCGUACACUCGGGAGUCCAAGAAGCGACGGGAGGCCAGAGUUAAGAAGGCGCGAGCUGAGGCGACCGAAGCGGAGGACUACGCCAAGGAGUUGGGAGUCCACGAUAAGUUAUUUGGCGACAAGAAGACGAAGAAGAAGGGCAAGGGAAGCUCCGAGAAUGACCUGGCGGCGCUGAUUCAAAAACGUCAGCAAGACCGAUCAGAGAACUUCUUGGAUCACUUGACCGAGAAGUACGGCGCUAAAGAACCCAAGAGCAAGAAGGGCAAGAAGCGGGCGGUUGAGGAGGAGCCAUCUGAGGAGGCAUUCCAAGCAGCUGCUUCGCGACUGAAGACCCCAAAGAGAUCGAAGCGGGCAGUGGAGGAAGAACCGUCCGAGGAGGCAACCCGCGAUGAUGAUGCCAUGGCCGACCCAUCAAAGCCCCAAAUCUAUCCGCGAUACUGCUUCCACCUCGCGCCAACCGUGAAUUCCUGGUGCCUCUUGCACGCGACAGACGUGCACGACCUGGAGCAACAUGCAGGAUUCGAAGGAGAGAACUUUUACUUCUACAAGAACCUGCCCAUAAAAUGGGUCCGGAUUGUGGGGGUGGUCGUCGCGAUUGAUGAGUUUGCAGGUUUACGCAUAUUCACCGUGGAUGACAGCAGCGGCGCGUGCAUCCAAUGUUCUAUUACAAUCUCCAAAACCACAAAGGAGCCUGAGCAUCAGCAGGAAGAAGUGCCCAACAUUGAAGUUGGAGACGUUGUGGAUACCAAGGGAGGACUAUCGGUAUUGUGGGAGGAGAGGAGGAUCACCAUUGAGAAGAUGACUGUUUUGAGAAGCACUGCGCAGGAGGUUGCGCUCUGGGAGAAGAGGACCCGAUUCCGCACAGAGGUACUUGACAAACCAUGGGUGCUUCGGAAUCGAGAUAUUCGCAAGUGCCGCCAGGAGGCCGAACAGAGCGAAGACAAAGCUGAGAGGAAGCGCAAGCGUCUAAAGGCGAUGAUCGAGGGCCGAGGUCCGGAACAACCGGCAAAGCAGCCAUCCGAGCAGCCAAAAGGUUGCAACGAGAAACAGCACACGAAGAGUCUCGAUCUCAGGCAGAUUCUUCAGCAAGGCGGCGCGGGCAAGUAUGAUGCGCUGGGGUUAUGA